AUGUCCACCGCCGACCCAUCCAACCCCAUCACGAGCGUUAACCCCAUCACGUCCGUAUCGCCCGGGUACCAGGCGCCGGGGAUCUACACGAACCAGGCGCUGCUGACGCGUCUCAACCUCGACCUGCGUGGGCGUAUGUUCCCCGUCGAGCGCGAGAUGCUCAUGCUCCUACCUGAGAGCGUGCUGCUAGGUCUAUUCCCCCAGGGCCUGAUCCUGUCCAAGCCGGCGUCGUGGGACGGUGGUGACGACGGCGUGUUUACGGUUGACUUCGACCCCGACUGCUUUCAGUACAUCCUCGACUUCUGGGCCGACGCCCAGGCGUCGUUCUACGGCACCCCAACCUCUCCGGGCCUCUUCCACGCACAGCAGAGCAUCCCCUCGUCGCCCAGCGACCCCAACUCGGACGUAAACCAGAACCCCCUCCUGACCAAGCAGGCUAUCAUUGUCCUUCGUGAAGAGCUCGAGUACUUUAGCAUCACGACGCCUGGUGCGCUCGCGCGUGUCGACGCGCAGGGUCUGGCCAACGAUGAGCUGCGUGCGCUCAAGCGCGCCGCGGGCGAGGCGCUCGCGUCCAAGCGCCAGAUCUUUACUGCCCUCCAGCGCAACGUCAACAAGGAGAACAACCAGGCCGAGCAGCACCUCAUCGACAUGUUGUGCAUGAGCGGCUUCAACCGCGACGACGAGUGGGGAUACCGCGCAUGCGAGCCGACGCGCAAUGUUAUCAGCUCGAUGGCGCUCGUCCUCCUCAAGACGGGCAUUAUCCACCCUGGCCAGCCCGGCGCCCCCGCUGACAUCACUACCCCGAUCAUCGACGACAAGCAGAUGGGCACCGCGCAGAAGCUCCUGUUGUUCUGGCGCAAGCCUGCGCGCAAGUGCUGGUGGGACGGCGUCGUGGUCGAGAUCCCCGAGUCGACGGCGUCGAGCAAGCCCAUGACCGUCAAGGUCUGGGCGCGGCGUGUGUGGACCCUCGAGUUGUCUCUUAUUUAG